CGGGGAGGUAUCACUGAAUAAUAACGGACUUGCCGCUUCCAGCCAUCCACUCGCAGAUAUACCUUUUUAGUAGCUUAAGGGUGUGAACAUUUCGACGUUCACUGCUCGGUCUUUUAAACUAGGCUACUGUAUUCGAUGAAUAUCGGGGUGGUUUCGCUCAGCAGCUCCUUGCUUGGAUAACCUUAUCGCUGUGCUGUGUGGAUGCUCUGGAUAACGGGUCUCCCUACCAUUCCGAUCAGAGCUGUCUUGGAAAUGAAAGGAAAUGAUUGACUGGACAGGCAGUGAAUGCUAGACGCACAAGUCACUGACCUCACACUGUCAACCGCAGAAGAGCAGCUGGAUGCAGUUACUCGGCCAUCGUUAAGUUGACAGGACCAUCCUGGAUUGUGGACCACCGUUUAACUACGGUGUUAUUGUUCAGCAGACGUGUCAUGGACAUACACAAGGAUUCCUCAUCUAUGUGAUCUUUGUCUGACUGAACAUUUUUUCUACAGAAUGCCAAGGCUUUCCCUUUAAAAUAUAAGGAACUAGUAUUCUGGUCAGCGUUUUCCUCUGAGAUGUUGUUGUUUUCCAACAGAGUGAAGAGGAGCCUGUAAUUGUGAUGAGGAAGACAGGGACUGUUUCUGUUCAUCAGAGGAACCCGGCAUUCAGCCUGUUAGAGCAACGAAAUCUCCAGAGGAGGAAAUAUUCUCAGACAUCACUUGGAAAUUGGAAUUUUCAAUAAGUUUUUCUCUGUUUUUCCCUUCCCUUCCUUCCACCUCCCAGACAACUAAGUGUAUAAUCUACCACUACACCAUGUCUCUAUCGAAGUGGAGGAAGAUCAGGGCAUUUACUGUGUUUUCAUGCAUUGUAACUUUCACCACGUUCCUCUUCAGUUACACGUUGAGAGAUCCCUCUCUGUACUUCUUCAAAUACGCCAUCCGCAAAUCGGACAGCUUCUUCUCUAAGGGCCAGUGUGGCUGUCGACAGUGUAUGACCGAGCUGGAGGACGACCCCUGGUUCACUGAGAGGUUCAACCUGUCUGUCCAACCUCUGAUGUCUAGGAGGAACAGCCUGCUGACUGACGACACAUACCGCUGGUGGCAGUGGUUGCAGGCAGAGCAAGAGCCGGCCAACUUCAGCGAGGUGGUGGAGAAGUUGUUCCAGGUCAUCCCUGAUGCUGACCUUUACAUGGAUGCGGGCCCUGAGCGCUGUAGGACCUGUGCUGUGGUGGGGAACUCUGGGAACCUUAAGGGCUCCCGCUACGGAGCCCUCAUCGACUCCAGUGAUGUCGUCAUCAGAAUGAACAUGGCUCCUACCUCUGGCUAUGAGGAGGAUGUUGGGAGCCGGACCACCCAUCACGUCAUGUACCCAGAGAGCGCCAUAGAUCUGGACAACACCACCAGUCUUCUGCUCAUCCCCUUCAAGACUCUGGACCUUCAGUGGAUCACCAGUGCCUUGACUACAGGCUCCAUCAAACACACGUACAUUCCUGUCCAGUCCAGGAUUAAGGCAAACAAGAACAGGGUGUUGAUAUACAGCCCGACAUUCUUUAAAUAUGUCUAUGACGCAUGGCUGGAGAGUCAUGGCCGGUAUCCCUCCACUGGCUUCCUCAGCCUAUUGUUUUCCAUUCAUAUCUGUGAUAAGGUGAGUGUGUACGGGUUCGGAGCGGAUCAGUACGGGAACUGGCACCACUACUGGGAAGAGAAUCACCAGGGAGGAGCAUUCCGCCACACCGGGGUGCAUGAUGCUGACUAUGAGUACAACGUUACCCUGCUUCUGGCUGACAAACACAAGAUCAAGAUUUUCAAAGGCUUCUGAUGUCUGGAGAUGUUACUGGCCUGAGACCAUCAAGCCUCUUGAAUGAAAUUCUGUCGACUCAGAGGUUAACCACUGGGCAUAAACUGGUUGAAUCAACAUUGUUUCAAUGUAAUUUGUCAACGUAUUGUGACGUGGAAUCUGUGUGAAAUUCAUUGGAUUUGCAAAAAGUUAUCAACUGUUGUUUUGAGGGUGAAAUUUCAACCACAGGAUUUUGUCAUCAUUGUAACCAAUGUUCAACAUAGACAAAGCUUGUAUAAAAUAUGUUGAAUUUGUACCUUUUGAAACAAUGUCAGAUAUUCAAUGUUAUAUCCAUUAUCAAGAAGAAAAAAACUAUAGCUGGGCAGCAAAUCCUUCUGGACAAUUCUACAGCUAUCUAUAGCUAUUCCUUUGGUCUCCCAUCCUGGGUUUUAACCCAGCCCAACCCUGCUAAGAUUUGAUAUGUCACUGACA